AUGGCGACCGUUGCUUCCGAUGACAUCGCGCAGACUCAUCCUUACACCUGCAAUUCUUGCGCAGUCGCCUUCCGCAACAGCGAUGCCCAACGGGCUCAUAUGCGAAGUGAUUGGCAUAGAUACAAUUUGAAACGAAGACUGGCCGAACUACCUGCAGUAUCCUCAGAAGACUACAACGAGAAGGUCCUUGCCGCACAAGCAACAAACAAAGCCGCCGCCGCUCAGGCAGCCUUUGCCAAAUCAUGUUCGACUUGCCAGAAGACGUACUAUAGCGAAAAUGCGUAUCAGAACCAUCUUGCUAGCAAAUCGCACAGAGCAAAAGAAUCGGCGGGCAACAGAAGCUCAAGAGGGGACGCACACUCAACGGUCGGCUCGACAGCGUCUGGUGUUGAGACCGGUGCAGGUUUACAAUCACGAGAUCCAGAAGCCGAAGCCGAAUUCGACCAGGUGGUUGCCGGAAUGAAGGAGGCGUCGAUCCAAGAAUACCCUGCGAUUCCGCGAAGACCGUCUGCACCUCCGCCAGAUGUAGAACCACGAGAAGAUCAUCCUAUGUCCCCCGAAAAGCCUGUCGAGGUCGCUUUGCCUUUGUCAAGAUGUCUUUUCUGCAACUACGACUCCCCUAGCGUGAAACUCAGCGUCGCACACAUGACAAAAAUCCAUGGCCUUUUUAUUCCGGAGCAGAAUUACCUAGUCGAUGCGGAGGGUCUGUUGAGAUAUAUGCAAGCAAAAAUUCAUGAAAACUUCGAGUGUCUGUAUUGCCACAAACUGCGAGGGAGUGCCGAAGGCGUGCAAACUCACAUGCGAGACAAAGGCCAUUGCAAGAUUGCCUUUGAAGCCGAAGAGGAGAUGAUCGAAGUUGGCCAGUUUUACGACUUUUCAAGCACAUAUUCCGAUGAUGGCGCAGACGAGUCGGACGAAAGAUCCAAGCCGACACGAAACGGCGGUGUUCAACUGAAUGGUGACAUAGAGGGCGGGGCGGAAGAUGGAUGGGAGACCGAUUCAUCAUUUUCGUCACUUGACACCGAGGACCUCGCCUCUGUUCCGAACGAUGACCGCACAUCAUCAUACCAGCGUCUGCCGAUGAACCGACACCAUUCAAACACCGAUCCUAGACCACACCGAAACACUGACGGCUUUCAUUCUCACGCGCAUCAGCACAACCACGCAGUCUUCUACGACGAGCACGAAAUAUAUCUACCCAGUGGUCGUGUGGCUGGCCACCGCAGUCUACGGAAGUAUUACAGACAGAACUUGCAUUCAUAUCCCAGCGCAGCACAGAGAAUGGAACGGGCUCAAAGAUUGAUCGAGGAGGGAAGUUCGGAUGCAGAGAUGGAAGACGUGGAAGUUCCUCCGGCGACGCCGCCUCGAAAUAGUCUGAUGAGACGCAGCGAGGCUGGAAUGCUCGGUGCGACCAGCCAACAGCGCAAAGAUGUGCGGUCCCAGGAGGUCCGAGGUCGAACGCAAGCCCAACGCGCUCAAAACCGCUAUCAAGCCAAGUUGGAGAAGCAAAACAAUUUCCAGAAGCAUUUCAGGGAUCCCUUGCUGCAGUGA